AUGCGCGACCCGGGCAUGCGCGGCGGUCGAGGCCCCGCGGCGUACGGCGGCGCGUACGGCGCAUAUGCCGGAGGCGCGGGGCCGCGGCGGGAAUGGGGCGCGCAAGAGCAGCGGCGGUGGGGGGCUGGUGGGGGGUACGUCUCGGGAAUACCGGCGACGGGAGUAGCGCCGUACGACAGCCCACCCGAGACGACGUACGUGGAGAUGGAGGACGAUCCGACGGCCCACGACUCGCCGCCGUCGUAUCACAGAGCGAGCGACGUGAAUCCGCACAUCGCCAUGCUGAGGCGGCGCCGCGCCAUGUACAGCAGCAGCAGAUCGCACUACCUGUCGGCGCUCAUCAAGCAGAACCUUCCCUAUAUAGUCAUCGCGGUGCUGCUCAUUCUUUUACUUAUUCAAAACCGGCGGCAACAGCUUGCGCCAGCCUCGAAUGGGGGGACUGGCGCAGCAGGUGGGGCGGGCGCGGGAGGGGGAGGCGCAGGGUCAGGGGCUAAGUCGGCAGCGGGAGAGAAAGCGGAAGCAGGGAAGGGGGCCGGGGGGCAAGGGGGGCCGGGGCAAGCGCAGUCAGUGCCAGCGCCGGCCAAAAUUCCAGUGGACCCGCGGGUGCUGCAGCAGCAAGGGGGCGCGCAGCCGCAGCAGCAGCAAGUUCAAGCUGUAGGCGCGGCGGGAGGGGGACUGACGGCGGGGGCAGCGGGAGGGGGACUGACGGCGGGGGCAGCCGGGGGGGGUCGGGCAGGGGCGUCAGGCAGAGGCAUGGCGGCCACAGCAGGGGGAACAGGCGCAGCAGGGGCCGCAGGGGGGGGAGCGGGGACCACUGCAGGGGCGGCGGGAGCAGCAUCGGGGGGAGACACCAGCACAUCUAGCCACUUCGACCCGCAAUCCGACCUGAGUGACACGGAGAAGCGGCGCGAACUGGUGAAGGCGAUUCUGGAGGACCCGAACUCGAGAAUAGCCAAGGAGGUGACGCGCAACAACGUGUUCCGCGAGCACAUGCCCACGUUUGGGUUCGUGCAGUUCGCGAGUUACCGCAUGAGCGAAAGCAAGUUCGCUGUGGUGGGGCUGGCGUCCCGCGUGCUCAAGACGUCGCGGGAACUGGGCAGGUGCCUGUGGAAGGAGAAGCACGGCGGCCACAGGGUCACGGGGCAGCUCGUGGCCUACUACCCAGGGGACGACCACAACAAGCGGUACGAAGCAGUGGUGCUGGUGUGCGAACUAGAAGAGUCUACAGCACAAGACUUCGGCGGAAUCCUUGUGGUAACCGUGGACAAAGAAGACAUUGUCGCAUACAUAGAGGACCAGGGCCAGUACCCCUCCGCCAACCCCGCCCCGCCCUACCCCCACCGUCUCACCUACUGCUCGCCGCCGCUCGCCACGAAGCUCAUCCCGAUGCGCAUCUACGAGUGGAUAGAGUACCACCUGCACGUGGGGGUGGACCGCGUCGUGCUGUACGAUGCAGGCGCGCUGGACCCCGAGAUCAUGGCGCUCAUAGAGGGCUUUGUGGAGGGCGGAUACGUGCAGAUCGUGGACAUGCGGCGCGUGGAGCAGUUUGACAUCUGGGAGUCUGGGAGGUUGCUCGCGAUGAAUGAUUGUGUGCACCAGCACGCGUUCACCUCCCAGUGGGUGUUCUUCGCCGAGAUGAGCGAGUACUUCUCGUCCAGGUCCGGGGAGGAUAUGGCGGCCGUGCUGAGUAGGUUUGAGGGGCGGCCGUACGUGUCGUUUGGCAGCCGAUGGUGGUCGCUGGAGAAGUGCGUUCAGGUGGAGGGGGCAGGGGGAGGGGCGGGGGGAGGGCUGUUCUGCACCAACAAGGACGAGUACCCGCGCGCCGAGAUGUGCCUGGGGGAAUUCGGCUACCGCCGAGUCGCCGUGGAUCCAAGACAAGUCAUGACCGUCCUGGUUCACCGCACCAGCGUGCCCGAGAUGGGCGGCGACGACUUGGACGCUAGUGAGGCGCGGUUCAACCGGUACCCACUGCUGACGGAGGAGACGAGGAAGGCGUGCCAGAGAGAGGUUCGGCCAGGGGAGGUGGUGGAGUGGUGGGUAAGGGACGCUGAGGUGGCGGAGAUUGCGGAGAAGGCGCGGAAGAGCCCUAAGGGGCGGCCGCUGGUCUCGUCUGUGUUGUCUUUUGCUCGAAGAUGA